UGGUACAUGGUGUGGAUGGGCAUAUAAACACAACGAAGCCACCUUUCAGCGCCAGUCAAUCCUUUGCACGAACUUCUUUGAACGAAAAGGGGAGAUAAAACCCACGAAAUACAGGUAUGUUGUUGAUUUUCUGCGACUAUUUUGUUUAGCUUGGCGGACACAUGGCUUAGUGCUGCGAAACGAUAUACUUUUUCUUUUUAAAAAGGACGUCAUUAAUACGAUUAAACGCGUGUCUUAAAUCCUAAUGCUAAUUUCAUGUAAAAUAUGUCGCCAAGAGGUAGAGAUGCGAGUACCUGUGUGUUUUUACAGUCCAAUCUGUUGCCUGCAGGCUUAACAUAUGAUAUGAUAACCCCUACACACCCUACAGACUAAGCAAGUGGACAUAGUGCAGCUGAGCAAACCACAGGUUAUCAUGGCUCUGGACGGAUGUGGCCUUUUCUGCAAGUAUAUCCUCAUCAUCUUCAACAUCAUCUUUGCGGUGAGUCUGUCAAAUGAAAAUAUAAUUAACACGACACUGUGUUUUUGGUUGGAAUAGAAAAUGCUUAAAAAAAAAAGUCGCGACUGUAAUGUGUUUUUAAGUGUCAUGAGAGUAAUUAACAAACAUUGCUGUGGGUUUUAUGUUACUAGUAGCUGUUGCAGUUGAGCUUUGAAUCGUUAUUGUUUGGCUUAGGUUUCAUUUCCGCUGAAAUGUUCCAGCUACUCACUCCAGGCAUUUCCUGGCAUCAAUCUGUCUUUGGUUAACGAUACACUAUCCACUCUUUUUGUUAAACUUAUUGAGAAACAGAAAGCUAUAAAUCAUAUGCUCAUUUAGACAAUAAAACACAUUAAUAGAGUGCUGCAUUGGGGCUAACCCUAAGUCCUAAUUGCUUUCUUAUAAAACUUAAUCUAGAGCAUUCAAGGAAAGUGGCAGUCAUCUCAGCAUGUAUAUUUUUCUGGUAACAUCUAAAUGUCCAUCGAUAUUGCACUAUAAACGUUAAAAUGUAAGAAAUCCAUUUGUCCAUCCAUUAGUCAGAUAAUUGCUUCUUUCUUUUCUUUCUUUCCCUUUUUAAUUGGAUUUGAAAUUGCAAUAAUUCGUUACAGUGUGGUACACAGUUAUUAUGGUAUAACUAUAACAAGUUUGGAAAGGAAGCAAAAUAACCGAUCCUGGGAUACCACUAGAGAGGAAAUAUUUCCCUGUAACCUGAUGUUGUUUUAUAACAAACAUAGCUUAGCUCAAGCCUGCAUAUUUCAUGACAACAGUUUCCAAUAAAAGGUGACUGAAGACUACGACAAAGACCUAUGCAAGCUGCAUCAUAUACCAGAAAACUGUCCUGGACACAACUUCAAAAUAAAAGCAUCGUAGAAAAAAAAAAGAGGAUUCUCUCCACAGAUAAAAACAUCAGACUUCUGCUUUGACAAGCUUUCAUGAGUUGUGCCCAUGCUAUAUUCAUGCUCGUGACAUAAAUAUUGCUGAUAGUAAGCUGGUUCAGUCCUCAACUUGUCAAUUUUUUAUUUGUUUUGGUUGAGAUACGCCAUGUAUAAAACAAAAAGGUAAGCCUUCCAUUCUCUAGAUUUUGUGAUGAGCUGCUCACACCAGCAGUAUAAACAGUCCAGUCAGUCAUUAUAAUGCCCUCAUGCAGCCAACACACAUCCCGUCUGAAGUGCCCAGUGCAGGUGAGAUCAGGGUCUCUACCAAGCUGAACAGAACCAGACUGGACUCCUUAGUGGACAUGCUCCAAAAGAAUGAGCCUGGACAAACUAGUUAAAUUAGCAUUUUUGAACUUUGCGAAGGGCCACAGCACAUGAAAUGUUGGGAGACAGAAAAAGAGAGUGGCUGAUGUGCACUAAAGGGUUCAUAGUGAUAGACAUCAUGGACUACAGGAGCUUCUUGUCCUUGAAGGCUCCUACCACUGCUGCAUUGACAGGAGGGGUGAGCAAAGGGGUGUUUUUAUCCAGAAACUGGCUGCUAGAUAUUCUCAAUUCUACACACCGUACCUCUAAAUGUAUUGAAAUUAAAACAAAAUUGAGUGAAAUGAAUUUGAACAAUGACUUUAGAUUGAAUAAUGAGAAUCAUUUGGUAAAAUUAUACUCAGAAGUCAGUGUGCACUGAGGACACAAGCAAAGGUGUUUAAUAGAAGACAAAGUGUAAUUAUCACAUUCAGUGUUCGAAAAUCAAAGGUGUAUGUCUGAGGGCAACCUGCAGGAAGUUUUCAUAAGCACCCACAGAGAAGUCCGUGGGCUUAAAAUAAUCACUACGUUAUAUAAGGGUUUAAGAGGAGAAAAUCGACAGCACCACCCACAUAAAAGAAACAUGGGAAAAGAAACUAACUGUUGCAUUUCUGUCUAAGCAUGUGGGGAAAAAAAAGCUGUUAGAUACAUUUAAAUAGGAGACUGCAAGUGAGCUUCAUGAAGGGCAUUUGUUUCAUUUAUUUUUAACAGCGACUCUAAUAUCACCUCUCUGUUUCGGUUCCUAGGAAGCCAAUCACUACAGUUUUUUUGACUUGUCCAAACUUGUAAGCAGGCUGUGUCUGAUUAAACUAGCAUAUAAAAUCUCAACCGGAGUACUAAGCAACCAACACAGGGAUGCAGAUAUUAAUGUGCAAGAAAGACCAAAAGCUGGUGGUGCUAGCUCUGCUAGAGGUAGUGGCACAUUAAAAACUGAUAUGACCAUGUUAAGCCACAGCCUGGUACUUUGAAAUUGGUUUGAUACGACUGCAUUUGGGUUUUUCCUGCAAUGAUGCUUUGAUCAAAAAUGUUAGAUUUUUACAUGGAUUAUAUUUACAAGGUGAACAGAUAAAAACCUCACCAGCACAGAGUCAACAUGUGAAUUGUGUGCUGAUGUCAGGAUGUGGACCAUCUCUCAGAGGGGUUGACUUGGUUUUGCUUCUGUUUUUUGUGGUGGCAGGUGGUGGGGUUUGCCUUUCUAGGUCUGGGCCUGUGGUUGAGGUUCAGCAAUGACACCAGAGGCAUCUUUGAAAUAGAGGCCCUCAGCUCGACCACAUUUGUUACAGGUCAGUGUGUACUUUGUGUUAUUCUCUGUCUCCUACUCCACAGGCAUAUUGAAAGGCAUUGAGCCAAUGACAGUUGUGCGUCCCCCUCUCUCUCUCUGAUUAUCAGCUGUCACAGUCCUGAUCAUUCUUGGAACUGUCAUGCUGGUUGUGGUCGUGUUUGGAGACUACGGCGCCUGCAAUGAGAAAAGAUGUGCUCUGCAAGUGGUGAGAUGCUUUUUUUUUCCUCUUGUGAUCAGUUCCUUGUCAAGUGGAGCUGCUGCCAAGUUUUUUUUUCAUCCCUUGCGUAAUGUUAGACGCCUUCUUUUUUAAAAUAGACACACUGUAACUGCUGGCAAAGGUCAGAAUUAACUCAUGAUGUCUUUUUCUGUUUGGAAAAUCCUUACAGAUAAAUGCAGUUUUGAACACGUUUGAUAAGAGGAAACAGCUGGUGUCUAUUUUAUCUGUUACUAUGAAAUAAGAACAGAAAAAGUAGCGAGCCGGUCUUUCAGGAUCUGUUUUUAUCUCUAUUGUGAGCCUCUUGGUUCUGCUGUCACUGAAAUGAUGAAUACAUUAACAUAACCCGGGCUUUAAUUUUGCCUUUCUACAUUUCAGCAUAAAAAACAAGCUGUUUAGAGUACUAACUUUGAUUUAGUUUGAAUUUUGAUCAGAGCAUAGAUUUUUACAGACCACUAAUAUUUACAUCAUUAACUGAUGCUUGGCAUGUAUUUACUCACACAACACAAACUGUUGCAUUCUGCAGGCCAAAAGGAGAUGACAAAGUUAUUUUCUAAUCUAUUUCUUCUCUCAGCUAAAUAAAACUUAAGGAUUUAACUGUAAUUAUGACGAGAAAAAUCCUGCUACUUUCUGUUUUCUUUAGUGUGUGAGUCUGACCAGCUGACCUCUUCUUUUACACUGUAAUGUGUUGUCCCCCCCCCCCUCUGUUUUCUUUUCCGUCUCUCUAAAGUCACUUGCACAUGACCUUUAAAACAAUAAAUGACAAGGUUCAUACUAGAGAUGGGUGAUUAACUGCAUUUUAAUUUUCACACAGUUUUAGCCCCCAUGAUCAUCAAAAUAUGAUAAUCACGACUGAAGGAUGUAAUGUCACCUGUGUUGCUUUUGUUACAUUCUGUAUGUUGAAUGAAGCGCACCUUCCUUAUCUUCCCCAACAGCAAGGCGUGGAUGUGGCCCCUCUCCUGUAUCACAAAAAAAAGACAAUGACAGUAUAAGUUUUCUUCAAUGUCCUGCAGGUCUACUCUUUAUAGUAUUAAAAGGCACAUAAGCUAGUAAAAACAGGUCUACAGGUCUACAGCCAUGUUUUCAACCCAAAGCUGCUAUGUCGAUCACAGAGAACAACAGUGAUUGAAUUAUGGUGGAAAUAAUGAAAGAGCCUCUGUGAUACGUAAAUAAAGCACUAAAUCAGGGUGAUAAAACAUGUUUGUUUGUUUUGUUCUUGUUUUUCUCUCAGUUCUCCGUUCUUCUGGCUCUUCUGGCCGGUGCUGCAGUUGCUGUUGGAGUAAUCACAUACUCCAAAAAGGAUGAGGUGAGAGAAGAAAAAAGGAUAAAGACUUUAACCAAAGAGAAACACCCACACUAAGGAGCAUGUUUCUGUUUUUAUUUCUGUUCAGGUUGGGCUGCAUAUUGCUGACUUCUACAGCAGCAUGUACGCUCUGUAUGUCAGUAAUGGAGACCCAGUCGUUCGUGUCACUCUCACAUUCAUUCACAUGAUGGUAAGUACAAACACUUUUUACUACUUUUAACUUGAUCGUAAGAGAAAAUCUUUGUGCAAAACUGUUUUGAAUUGUGGAUACUUUUAGUACAGAAGGAAAUUUACAAUCAAGAUUUUUCAGUGUUAAAAAACUUUAAUUUUAUCCUAAAUUUUGGGCUUUUUUAAACUUUCAAGAGGAGUUUGAAUGGAACGCAAGAUGCUGUCCAUCUAAGAAUUUCAAUUGCUUAUAUUUUAAAGCGAAGUAAGGAUUAAACCAAAGUGUAAAACACUUUUUUUUUCUUACUAAGCAAAAAGUGGUUAAAUGUCCAUAAACUGAACUGUUGAGUACAUAGCAUCACUGCGUGUCACUCACUUUUGCACAUAUUUAAAUGAUCCACUAUGUAUGAUUUCACUUGGAGCAACAUAUGCCUCUCUAUCUGAGCAAACAAGCCUUACUGUGAAAUACAUAUUAGCACAAAUAAAGGGACAUUUUUACCAACCUGUGGGCGUACUCAGAGUUAAAUCAGGCCAAGGCUGACUGUGGCCAAACCCCCACAUACAGACUGUGCCAUUAUGCACAACGGGUUAUUUAUUCAUUUAUUUUCAAGAAGGGUUGCUUUAUUGUGUAAUUGUUAAUUUAUGUUCCACUUUUAUUGUGCUAUUACCUGCAGACAAAGUUUGCAGGUAAUAAUAGUCCUGUCACACUGUUGCCAUAGAUCACAGAUACGCCAUGAGGUUAUUUUGAGUUAACAAUUCCAUCACCAAUCAGUAUUUUACAUCUAUGUAAUCUGAUACACUGUCAGGAGUCUGCAUAUGGUGUUUUAUUUUGGACUUAACCAGAUGGCCUGUCUAGGUUGAUCUUCUCUGUUCAGAUUGAUGCGUUCUGGGAACAGACUCCAUUGAAAAUAGACUGGGCACCUAUCUUUAUCUGUGGCAAAACCAUUGACUAGAACUGGCACACAACAGCUGACAAAAUGUGACGUAUUUAUCAUGUGGGUUUUUGGCUAAAGAGGCCAGGUCAUGGAUUGAAUACUGGUCUUUAUUUGAGGACUUACAGUGCAUGAACAAAAAAACGUUUAAAACAGAGGAUUUCAUACGGCCCCUAAAUUUCCUAAACUAUUCCUUUAAUCUCUGAUCAUUUUUCAGCUGCACUGCUGUGGGUUGACAGGGGUCCCGCUGGUGGAGAUUGCUGCAGAGACGUGUCCCAAACCACAAGGGAUUUUCGAACACAUUGUCAUGCCUGUAAGUUGAAACGUGAUUUAAUUUCAAAGGUAGUAAAACUGAGCGACUCUGGACUCUCCAGGAAAGAGGGUGUUAAAGGUUUGCUAUGUCUGUGUCAUCCUGCAGAGCUGUCCUGGGAUCAUCAUGUCCACCUUUGACAGCAGAGCACCGCUGGUGAUGGGGAUCCUCAUUGGAACUGGAGCUCUUUUGGUAGGAAAAUAUUUUUGCAUAUAGUCCAUUUCAGCAUUUUGAUUGUGAGCUGCUGCUUUAGUCGGCGCAGCUCUGACUGUUUGCCUUCAUAGAUGAAAAGAUUACAGUUCUUGAUAACAGUACAAUGAGGUUUGCUGUCUAGAACAGCUAGAGAGAGCCACUUUCUGUUGUUUGGCAAUAACCUGAACCACACUGAUGCUCCACACAGCCUCAGUUGAACUCGAGCGUUAUGUUUCUUCACUCUCUUGAGGAAGUGUCUCACUGCUGCUUUUUCUGAUGUACGUACAUGCUACAGACUUGUCAGCUGACUGUAGUUUCCUACCCACAUCAGAUUAGUAAAUGCAAAGUGACUUUCAGUUAAGAUGAAAUGGUUUGUUUUCAAAAAACAUUUUUUAUUUUUAGAAUUUGUUCUCUUAAAAGGGAUAUUCCGGCGUCAAAUUAAUCUAGGGUCAAACACAUCGUAACACCGAGUUGGACACCCCCUUGGGAGAUGAAUGUUGCUGACUGUUUGCUUCUCUAGUUAUACCAACUUCAGUAACGACCGCACGAUAGCAAUACACAGCGGUCUGAGGAGCCAUCAACAAACCUCAACCAAAAAGCCACUCUAUAACCACAAAUAAUGCUCAGAUUAGCACCUAACUUCAACAGUACAUAUAGGGUCCUAGCCAUAGUACUAGCCACCAAACAUUUUUUUUAACUUUGUCUCAUUUCUUUAGCAAAGAGAAUAAACACAACUCACCCACUUUCUUCCAGCAGCCGCUUGUUUGUAGCGAGACCUCAGGCCAGUUCAUUAUGGACUACAGCAGGGUGACGCAGCUCAAGGAAGAACAUUUAUGAUCAUUACUUUAUCAUUUCCUUUAAGUAAUAGUCACCACAUUAAUCAUUUUGCACUGCAGAUGCCAUAGUUCUUCUGCCUUAGCGUCUCGGACUGAUUGCAUUUCCAUUAAGAAAUAAUCAUAAAUGUUCUUCCUUGAGCUGCUUCACCCCGCUGUAGUCCAUAAUGAAUUGGCCUGAGGUCUCGCUACAAACAAGCGGCUGCUGGAGGAAAGUGGGUGAGUUGUGUUUUGUCUCUUUGCUAAAGAAAUUCAGCAAAUGAAAAAAGGGGUUUAGUUGCUAGUACUAUGGCUGGGACCCUGUAUGUACUGUUGAUGAAGUUAGGUGCUGUUCUAAGCAUUAUUUGUUGCUAUAGAGUGAUAGACCGCUGUGUAUUGCUAUCGUGCGGUCAUUACUAAAGUUGGUAUAACUAGAGAAGCAAGCGGUAAACAACAGUCAUCUCUCGAGGGGGUAUCUAACUCGAUGUUACAGUGUGUUUGAACCUAGAUUAAUUUGACGCCGGAAUAUCCCUUAAAACAUGUUUUGUGUUGGAAAGAAACAUUUUCAUCUUUUGUUAGAUGCUUAUGAUUUUUUUCACGACUCAAUGAAUUUUUUUUCGUGCUUUAUGAAAUGUGUAUUUAUUGCCUCCUAAAUUAUUUGUGCCAUUGACAUUCAGGGCCACGAUAUUUUGUGCAUCCCCUAUAUCUUACAUUAUGGUUCAACUGAAAAGCUGUGUCUAAUUUGCAGCCACAGUGACCACUAAGAGGGACUCUUGUGUUUAAUACGGCUCAGUUUCUAUUUAAAGUUUUAUGUCAGUCUUUUGCUUUUGUUGUGUCUAAUGUCAUGUUUUUACCCCUGUGUUUCCCUCUGUCUCUCUUAACCCCCCUCCCCUUCUUCAUUGUCAUAUUUCUUUGUCUUCUUUCUAUUCCUCUUCGUCCCGUAGUUCAUCGCUCUGAUUUGCAGCCUUACCCUCAGUUCAAAGCUCAAACAGUCUGCUGCUGUUGCUCAGUACAUCAUCCUGACUCAGUCCACUCCUGUGCUGGCUAACCCUCCACCCUCACAACCUGACUUUAUCUACACCUUAUACCCCCACCCUGACCCCAACCCUGUCGUCUUCACCCCUCUCACUGCUGCAAACAUCCCUCUGCCUGAGGCUUAAAGUGCUCGUCAGUUUUACACUCUCUCUUUCAGCCUGUCUUGUUUUAACCACAAUGCUGUAGAGAAGAGGCAGCUUCUGUUUUUAACUGUUCAGUUCCUGUACACAGCCACUGCAGGGCAUUUUCUGCUUCCUUUAAAGGGGAAAAUCCAACCUGGAGGGGGGAAAUCAUGACUGCAAAAUUAGCAGUUUAGUAUCUGGUAUCUGUGUAGAGUAGUUGUAUUGCCUGAUAUAAUACGUGAAAAGGGGCCCAGGUUUACUAAAACCUGUUGAAGUGAAGGGAUUACAACAGAAAAUAAGAAAUUAUAGUCCAAUAGCUUCUUCAUUUGACAUCUUCGUGUAGACAUGUUUGAGUUCUUGAGAACUAACCACUGAGACAAUCAGAUACUAACCUUAUUUGUGUCGUACAAUCUAUAUUUUCUCACUGAGCACUCUUUGUCUUUACUGUGUGUCUAUGUCUGUUGAGCACCACCAUAAAAACUGACUCCAGAUCUGUCCUUCUUCUCAAGUCUUCUCAAGUACAGGCAGCUGUACUUGGGUUGGAUUAGCCAGGAUUCAUAUUAAUUCCAGAGUUAAUGGAGCCUUUAAUCUCCCAAAAUACUUGCAAGUUUAGGUCAUAUUUUCUAUCAGCAAUGACAUGUUUUUUAAAAACUCUGAUCCAAGGUUGGGUUUUUCCAUUUUCAAUCAAAAAAGAUUGCCUUUUUUUAGUUUCUGUUGAUACUUCUGCAUGUAGAUUAAUAGUAGGAGCUUUUUCUCACUCAGUGGCUGGUUCAGUCCUCAUGGUGAUGAUGAGCAGGUCAUCAGGCUCUUCAGCUCUCUGUCCCUUCCUCCCUUUGUUUGCUUGACAGGUCGUCGCUCUUAUCUGCACCAUCAUCCUUCUGAAACAAGUCAAGGAGGUCCAGCAAGACGUGGCUGCGUACUAUCGGACCGUGUACUGAGGGGAUGAUUCGGUUUAAGACCCUUCAUCAGUCCUCCUCUGCCCCAUCAAAAGUGGACCAUCGCUUUAAACCAGCAAAGAAAUGUUUACAGGUUGAUUUUGUCCAUGUGUCAACUACUGAUCCUCAACUGUUUAGUUUUAUAUCUUAGUUAGAGAGUAAGAGAAGAAAGUGAGUAUUUUAUUUUUAUUUUUUUUUGAACAUUCUUGACUAAAAAUAAUCCUGCAGGUCUUCCAGGGCCCAGUUUUCAGAAGUGAUCUGAUUGGAUUUAGGUCAUCCAGCUGAGAUCAGAUCUUAAAAUCAGUGUUCAUGAUAACUUUUUUUUUUUUUAAGUCUUUUUUUUUCUAGCUUAAAUUUUCAGUUUUUGUUCAAAACUUGAGUAUGGUUGGGAUAACUUUGGACCAAAAAAAAAACCUGGAAGCUGAAUCCCACAAACUAACUCAAAUAAAGCUUUUAAAUUAGUCAGUGUGACUGCGAAACAAAUGUUUAAACUAGUGCUGUCAAGACAUCAAAACUAUCAAACGCAGAUAUCAAUAACAUGUAAGAGCUUGCCAAAGGCAGACUUACUGCUUUACCCUGUUUCUCAAUAGUUAUAUCUGACUCCCACGUUUUCAUUGCGCUGUAUGCUUCAUCAUAUUCAGUGUUAAUAAACUACUGUGAUCAGCAUGGCUUCUUACCCCUGCCUGAUACUGCCUUUCAAAGUUUGAGGAGCAGCCAAAAUUCAACAAUAGUUCACUGUUUCCAACCAAAUAUGUUUCCAAAUGAACACUCUACGUGCUAGCAGCCUUAACAAUCUGUUCAUCUCCAUCUGCUCAGUGAUUGAUGUAGAAAAUUAGCUCUUCUCAAUAAUUGUGUAGCAGCACAAAGGCAAGUGAAUAUAUACAUCUCUAAUUCUUAACUUUAAAAAGCAUAGAGAUGCUAAACAGGCAUGCACACAAUAUUCUUAUGAAGUGUUAGAUGUUAACUGAUCACGUUGUCACCACUUACUGGUCUGACAUCCUUACUCUAAAAUGUUUUGUUUUUUUUCCACUGUUUCUUUGCGGUCAUGUGGAUAGUCUUUAUUUUGAAACAAAAAGAAAAAAAUCUGUUUUCAAAAAUACCUGCCAAUAUGUGAAGUAGGUGUCAGAUGGUUCAAAGUGGCUGAAUUCAAAGCCAAUCAUACUCGUUACAUGUUCUUUAGAUGCUGUGGAUAGUUGUUAAUAAUCAGUGAUGUACAACAUUAGAGUGCAGUUACUCUGCGGUACUUUUUAUGCACGUUAUUUUUAUGCAUGUUACUAAUUGGAAAAGUAUGACAGCCCUAGUUUAAACACAGACGCUUUAUUUUUUAUUUUGUUUCUCUUGCUUGUAAAAAUUACUCACAGCACCGCUGGUUGUGUUGAAGCUGUGAGCAUUAUUUGAUUAUUAUUCUCCCUAAAUUCACGUGUAGAGCUUUAACUUGAGGUUUGAUGUUUGGUUUGAAAGAAGUUUUUAGGGUUUUGAGAACAUAGCAUUUUAUUUUAUAUUAUAAAUCUUAUGAGGCAGAUAAUAUGUUUGUGGGCACAAAAUAAGUCGAGGACCUUCCUUUACAAGAUAAUCUGCAGGCUCUUGUAUCCUCAGAUUUUCUCUUUCUGAUUGUAUAAACAUUUAUGUGGGUCUUAAGGUGCUGCCUUCCUGUAAUUCACAUGUAGUCCCAACUGUUCACUUCCUGCCCAAUGAUUCUGUGACCAAACUAACCCACAUAGUUUCCUGUCUCGACAGAAAAAGUUGCCUUAAGUUGCUUGUUUAUGACUUUUUCACUGCACUCUGUAGAACCAACCAUAGCUUUGCACUAUGUUGUUUUAAAAGGUCAGAAUUUUUAAAAAUAAAUGUUGUAUGGAGACUUUUUGUUCUCCUGUUCAUUGAAACUUGUGUGCUUGUUUUUUUUUUCUGUGAGAUAAACUAGAAAUCUGUGGUGUAA